GGAUUGAAAGGAUUUAUUUAUUUAGUAAACAAAGAUGAAAACACAAGAAUAUUCUGUUCAUCUGUUAUAGUUGCUACCUAUGCAUACAUUUUCUGUUUGCCAACUUUUUUUUUUUUUUUUUUUUUUUAAUAUUAUGGUAUAAGCCAAGACUGCGGCAAAGAGCAUCAAUCUUUUGGCUUCAUCCUGUGAUUCCUCACAUUCCCAUUUUAAACACCCAAAGCCUAAUAAAUCUUCUAUUCUUUCUUUGAAUCUAUGAUGGCGAUGGCGACUCUCCUUAACCCUUUAAUCCCUUCUUCUCUGAUUACCAAAUCUCUCCGCUCACCGAAAUCUCCAUUUCUCAGUCCACCCACCCAGACAAAGUCUUGUAGUCAAGCAGUAAAAAGCACUGGUAAAUUUGGUAGCUUUCUUGACUUGGAACCCACAUCAAAGCCAGAGUCUUUGGAUCUUGAUCUUUCCUGGCAUGAUCCCACUUCAGCCCGGCCGCAAUUCGACGUCAUCGUGGUCGGCGCCGGCCCGGCCGGCCUCCGGCUAGCCGAGCAAGUUUCCCGGUAUGGGAUCAAGGUAUGUUGUGUUGAUCCUUCACCUCUUUCCAUGUGGCCUAAUAACUAUGGAGUUUGGGUUGAUGAGUUUGAGAGCUUAGGAUUAGAGGAUUGUCUUGAUAAAACAUGGCCCAUGGCUACUAUUCACAUCAAUGAUCAUAAUACUAAGUACUUGGAUAGGGCAUAUGGGAGAGUGAGUAGGAAGAGGUUGAAGUUAAGGUUGUUGAAUGAGUGUAUGAAUAACAAUGUUAAGUUCUAUGAAGCUAAGGUUUGGAAAGUGGAGCAUCAAGAAUUUGAGUCUUGUGUUACAUGUGAUGAUGGUAGGAAGUUGAAGGGGAGUUUAGUGGUUGAUGCUAGUGGGUUUGCUAGUAGCUUCAUAGAGUAUGAUAAGCCAAGAAACCAUGGCUAUCAAAUUGCCCAUGGCAUUUUGGCUGAGGUGGAUGCUCAUCCAUUUGAUUUGGACAAGAUGGUGUUGAUGGAUUGGAGGGAUUCGCAUUUAGGGAACGAGCCCUAUUUGCGCGAGCACAAUUCAAGGGUUCCCACGUUUUUGUACGCGAUGCCAUUUGCCUCGAAUUUGGUGUUCUUGGAGGAAACCUCGCUUGUUAGCCGCCCAUUCUUGUCAUACAUGGAAGUGAAGAAGAGAAUGGUGGCAAGGUUAAGGCAUUUAGGCAUUAAGGUGAGGAGUGUUAUAGAGGAGGAGAAGUGCUUGAUUCCCAUGGGAGGUCCUCUACCUAGAAUUCCUCAAGAUGUUUUGGCAAUCGGGGGGAACUCAGGGAUCGUUCACCCUUCCACGGGGUACAUGGUUGCUAGGACUAUGGCAAUAGCACCAAUAGUAGCCGAGGCCAUAGCCGAGUGCCUUGGCUCAACCAGAAUGAUCCGAGGAACACAACUUUAUCAACGAGUUUGGAAUGGAUUGUGGCCCAUAGAGAGGAAAUGCGUGAGGGAGUUUUACUCUUUUGGAAUGGAGACAUUGCUGAAGCUCGAUUUGAAUGGGACUAGGCGGUUCUUUGACGCUUUCUUUGAUCUCAAUCCUCACUACUGGCACGGCUUCCUCUCCUCAAGAUUGUCGCUUCGAGAGCUUAUUAUGUUGAGCUUGUCCCUCUUUGGGCAUGCCUCUAAUCUGUCUAAGUUAGAUAUUGUCACCAAAUGCCCUGCUCCCUUGGUUAGAAUGGUGGGCAAUUUGGCACUUGAAACCAUUUAAAUAAUUGUUUUAUCUCAACUUAAUGUAAUACUUCUCUAUAAUCAGAUAUCAAAAAGUGUCUUGUUUGUUAAA